AGACUAACUUUUUUCCUCAAACUUGUGAAGUCGCUCGGACUCUCCUUCUCUCUGUGUGCUGGCUUUGGGAAGGCUGAAUCCAAUCAGACCCCCAGUCAUCCUUUUAAGGUUAUUUGUCUUUAAUUGCCAGGAUUUAAGAUGAGUGUAAAGCCUCAUCUGAGCAGUUUGGGGUUCGCAGUGGUGUUUUUGGGAAGCGUUUCUCUGAGUCUCCAGUACAACACGCACAGGCUCAGAAACAAAAACUGGUGCGCGUUUAUCGUGCAGAAGAACGUGAGCUGCGCAGUGCGCGCGGACCUUCCUGCAGUGCUUGAAGCUGAGGCUGCGCCCUGCCCUCCACACCAACCCGACUGCGAGCCUCCAGUGAUGUAUCGGACCCAUUUUCAACCCAGUUACAGGAUUUCCUAUAAGACCGUUACUGAACUGGAAUGGAGGUGCUGUCCAGGGUAUCAAGGUCCAGACUGCAAAGAACUAAAAGGCACACCAAAUCGGCAAAUGUUACUUAAACCUCAACCAAAACCACAUCCUCAGCCCUAUACUGGAUACACGCAACACUUACAAAGGCCAGAGAGACGCGAGAUAGAGCAGUACGACACCUACCAUGAAAUUGGGAAAACUCGUCAACUGGAGGAAGAAGUGCAGCGCCUUUCUCAGACAGUGUUGGACCUCCAGGCAGCCAUGACUAGCAUGACUGCGAACCUACGUAACGAUCUACAGGAAGACACCAGCAAAAUGCUCGCCACUCUCCUCAGCAACAUGCAUGUGCAAGAUAGCGCAAAAACAGGAGGCACCGAGGAAAGCUUGGUGCAUCUGGAUGGACACCAAGCCGCAAGGGGACUCGAGGAGAGGGGCAUGGAAAAAGUGCUGGCUAGGCUUAAUGAUGUAACAGAUGCCCUGAAAAGCAAGGAUGAGGCGAUCGAGGAGCUGCGGGAAGCUGUGACUGGACACAGUGGCCAGAUCCGAAUGCUAAUGGACGCUUCUCAGGGACCAGCAGUUACCGCUGGUGCCUCCUCAGACAUUGAUAUCCUUCAGUCCUACAUUGAUACUAAGUUUGAGAAAUUAAAGAAGGAGCUGGUUGUGGACAUGAAGGAUGAGAUAGCAAAGCUGAAGAGUGCAUGUGAUGAUAGGAUGCUGUCUUUUCAGAAGGCCUGUAAAGAGGGAUGGAAUAGAAGUUAUGACAACCUGACAAAACUACUGGACAGCCAGGAGGCUGAGCUCAGGAAGGAGAUACACGAGCUACGUCUGGAUACGGCUAUGUCCGACGGACUGGUGCGCACUCACAGGCAAACAGCUCCAUUUAAAGCGGAUGACAAUGAUCUACAAAAAACGCUUCAGCGUCUGGUAGAUGCUCAUCAAGUCUUAAACGCCCGUGUGGACAACGAAUUAGGACAUCUGUCCAUGCUACAACUGGAAGAUGUAUUUGGUCCUCGCAUGGAUGAGCUUGAAGACAGGAUGAAUGUGACCGAGAGGAAUGCAGAAGCCUACUGCUUCUACGUGGAUGGGAAGUUAACCCAGGCUAUAGCCGAAGAGACGGCAAAGAUCCGGGAGCUCUUGGACAAGAGACUGAAUUCUAUGGCGGACCAGUUUACAACCAUGCUGAUCGAGAUGAGUAACACCUCCUUCCCAGGGAUGUUCAGCGAGUCUGUUGAUGCUCUGCAAACACAGGUUAAUGCAAACAAGUAUGAGAUUCAGGGUCUGGAGGACAAAUUGAAUGCUAUUCAGCACAUCUGCUCCAUUGACUGCAACUCAAGUCCAUCCAUUGAUCCUCAAAACCUCGGCAGUCUGGCUAGUAUUACGCAGGACGUGAGGCACUGUAGAAAUCAACUGGACGUCCUGAGCACCAAUGUUGAAAGCAGUGCAGCAAAGCUUGUACGGUUAGAGGAUGUAGUUGAUUCUCUGAAGCUUGAGAACCAAGUGAACAGUGUUAGCAUGCAGGAUGUGCACAGCAAGUUGAAGCCUCUAAUGGAUAAUGUGAGUGGUCUGUCUGGAGCUGUGACAGGGUUAGGAGAUGUCAUGAGCAAGUUUAGCCAAGAGCUUCAGACCCUGAACUCUAGUUGUUGCAUAGAAGCACAGAUAGAACAGAUUCAGAUACCAUCAAUGGUACCGCCUGCGUCCCACGAGGCAAGCAAACCAAGCCACAGUCAGGUGGAGGAGCUCAGCAACAGACUAGAUAGGCUGAGCUCCCAAGUGACUGCAGAGUUGACUCUUUGUAAGGAGAAGGCAGACGGUGUAACUGAGGGCAUCUCUGCAGUAGGCAGCAGGAUUGCUACACUAGAAGACUUGUGUGGGAAGGUAAAUGAUGAGAGAAGUCAAGUUCAGGCUAUGAAAGAGGAUCUGGAAAGGAACUUGGCUCAAAUGAACUCCACACUGCAGAUACACUCCAGGGGGAUCGGCAACCUCCAGAUCACCCUGCACAAUGUUCAGACUCAACUUGCGAACUCUAAGAACCAUACCACAAAGCAGCAAGGAGUGCCAGUGAAGCAGGAGAAACCCAGUACUCUCCCUGAUUCAAGGAGUGUAUUCCCACCGAGGAUUCCUGAGAUCCACAUUCCUGUGCGGAUACCUCAGAGGACAGUGCCCAAUACUCCUCGUAUAUAUAUACACCAGCCCUCAAACCCACGCCAGCCUUAUGCCCCUCUGCAGCCUUCAAGCCCACACCAACAGCCUCAUAAACCAGUCGUCUUGACCGGAGUGGCCGGACCGCCGGGAUACGCACAGAGAGUCUCGUCUCGCCGGGAGCGUGGAUCCCCCGACUUAGGCAAACCCAUUAACGGAUUCGCAGGUGCACCAGGCUAUUCCCCCGUGAAUCCGGUGGCGUAUAAACCCCACCCGAUCGCUGCUUCCCAGGUGUUAUGGAAUCCUGCACAAAGGCUUGUUGCAAGACCAGUGUCGUCUGAGAGAAACGCGUUUGUAGAGCCUUUCUCUUUCUCCGCUGGCCUCACACACCAAGAGUUUUUGGGAGAUUUUGGCAUCAUCCGUUUUAAUAGAGUGCUAGUUAACGACGGAGGACACUACAAUCCCCAAACAGGAAUCUUCACGGCGCCAACGAACGGUCGUUAUCUAAUCUCGGCCGUGCUGACAGCUCCUCGGCACGAGCGGCUGGAGGCUGUACUAUCCGUGUCUGAGCGCAGCGUGCAGAAGCUAGAUUCAGCAGGUUAUGGAGGACACAAUGGGCAGCACGCAUCAAGGCCUUGUCAGUGUGGUAGUUCUGUCUCGUUCAGCCUAAUCCUGUCGCUGCGUGCAGGAGAUCGAGUCGCACUAGUGCGCACAGCUGGAACCCUCGCCCUCUCGGAGGCCAAAGAGAUACUCUCCACGUUCAGCGGUAUCUUCCUCUAUUCCACUCAGGUUCACAGAUAACAUCCAGGAAAUAAAACAAACAAACAAGCGCUGCAGAGGACUGCCCGGCUGUGCAGCUCUCCGCAUUUACAUGGCAGCUUGCGGCGAGCCAGACGACACUGCAAGGAACUCACUGCUGGGCUUUGGCUCGACUUGAGAAAAAGUGCCACACGUUGCAUGGUUGUACCAUGAAAAAGCAGUGCAUAUUUAGUCAUACUUCACAUAUUUCCAUUGUAUAAUGUAUUUACUUACACUGCACCUUUUAAUAUAAAAAUGCGGUUGAUCAAAAGACCAGAGCGAAUAGAAUCAUUUCAUUACAAAUCAAUAAGCAGUAUUAUAAAUGCCUUUAUUUUGCUAUAUCUAAAAGGAAUAAAACAGGGUGUGCUGUUAUAAGACAAUAAUAAUAAACAAUAAGUGUUGUGAUGUCAUUACCACUCUGAAGACAGCACCUCCCAAAGUGUUUUAUUCCUCUUAUACCAAAAGGAAUUAACCAAAGAUUGCAAUUUUUAUUUAUUAACGAACACGUCGUGCGUUCAAGCGUUUCUAGUUACCUUUAAUGUCAUGCAGUGUUUACCGAACAUAUUAGUUAGCCUUCGUUAUUACUUAGAACAGUUGUUCCCUCACCAGUGUCUUUUUUUUUUCCCCCUUUCUCCUGAAGACAAAUAACACGGCUCGUCAUGUUACCAAGAAACCGAAAAUAUGCCCCCAUCUCAGAAACUGUAAACGUAUGGCUUUACCUCUGACUGUUACAAAACACCGACACUGGAGACUCCUUCCAUAAACUGUUAAAUAAACGUCUCUUCACUGAAAACCUCA